AUGACUGUCUACAAGUGUACACGAGUAGGAGCUGUUACGGGCGCCAACAAAGGCGUGGGUCUCGCCAUAGUUCGCCAGCUAGCCUUGCAGUAUCCCCAAUCUGCACUCAACAACGGCCCAUUACUGAUCUAUCUGACCGCACGAAACGAAGAACGAGGUCAAGCCGCACUACAAAGUAUCCGAGAUGAUCCUGCGCUUCGAAACACCAAAGCGCUAAGAGCUCAAGGCGGACUCACAGACGUUGAGUAUCUCCCGCUAGACAUUGAAAGCAGGCAGAGCAUCCAGGACUUUGCCACGACACUGAAGCAGCGACACCCCGAUGGAAUUGAUUUCCUCAUCAACAAUGCCGGUAUUGCGCUAGAAGGAUUCGACGAGAACGUGGUCAGGCAGACACUGCGCUGCAACUACUAUGGCACGUUGCAAGCCUCGCAACAACUUCUGCCACACAUUCGCGACGGAGGGCGCCUGGUCAAUGUGGCAAGUAUGUCAGGUCAUCUGACAUCCAAGUACUCAGACACUAUCAAAUCUCGUUUCCGAAAUGCUUCAAAACCCGAACAAGUCUCUCAGUUGAUGGAGGAAUACGCCUCAGCCGUGGCUAACGGGACAUACCAAGCUGACUGGCCAGCCAACUCGUACUCUGUGUCCAAGGCAGGUCUCAUCGGCGCGACAAAGGCACUGGCGCACGUUAACGCUCAGUCCGGCAGUAAGACCUUGAUCAACAGUUGCUGUCCAGGCUACGUUUCCACGGACAUGACGAAACAUCGAGGAGUUAAGACGCCAGACGAGGGCGCACAGACGCCCGUAUUGCUUGCUCUGGGCCAUAUCAAGGAUUCGAAUGGGGAGUUCUGGCAGAACGAGAAGGUCAUCCAAUGGUGA